ACGCCCUCCAGAUAGCGCAAACACACACACACUCGCGCGCACACGCACAGUCCGAGUGGGGAUUUCCACCCAAGCGUUUGUUUCCUUCACUUGUUUUGCUUUCGAUCUGAGGAGCGAAAUCAAAUCCAUUUGACUUUUCCUUUUGUUAUCGAGAACUACAAAUUGUCAACACUCCAAAGACUCCUCGCGUUUAUUCCCGGAGUGAAAUCUGCACGCGUAGCAGGCCACCAUGCCAGUGGAGAGAAUGCGUAUGAGGCCAUGGUUGGAAGAGCAGAUAAACUCUUGUAAAAUACCAGGACUUAAAUGGGUCAACAAGGAGAAGAAAAUAUUCCAGAUUCCGUGGAUGCAUGCCGCACGUCACGGCUGGGAUGUGGAGAAAGAUGCCCCUCUCUUUCGAAACUGGGCCAUACAUACAGGAAAAUAUAUGCCAGGUGACAAACCGGACCCCAAAACAUGGAAGGCAAACUUCCGGUGUGCGAUGAACUCUCUGCCGGAUAUUGAGGAGGUGAAAGACAAAAGCAUUAAAAAGGGAACAAAUGCCUUCAGGGUGUACAAGAUGCUCUCCGCAUCUGAGAGACAUUCAAAAAGAGGGAAAAAGAGGUCGAUAGAAAAAGAAGAAAAGAUCAAGACAGAGCGGACAUGCCCUCCACCUUUGGGAUGGGAAAACAGUAAUGGCUCUUUACCUUGUAAAAUCCCGGUCACAGUCAAGCAGGAGGCGGAUUACUCCGGUACAGAUACCGAUGGGCGGAGUCCUACGGACGACCACCUGAUCAUUAAUGAUCUGCCUGACGUCUGCCAGACCAUCGAGGUUGUGACAGAAAAUGAGGAGCAGACCGUGACAUCCAGUGACCUUUAUCCUUUACAGAUCUCUCCUGUCUCCUCGUAUGGAGCAGAGAGCGAUACAGACAGCGUUCACAGCUAUGAAGACUCUAAAGAGCAAGUUCAGGCGUAUCUGUUUGCCAAUGACGACAAGAAACCUCUGAUGAUGAGUCUACCUGGCAUGUCCUCUUUCAUCUCCCCUGACAAGCCCAACUUCAAGAUAACCACUGUUCAAGAGCAAGUGCCUUCCUCCCUACACACCCCCUUUCCUACUGGACCUCACUGGAACAUCUUGAACUCCUCCUUCCCCUCGUCCCACACGCCCGGACCGUCCGCCGUCCAGCCGCCCGUUCACGAGAAACGCGCCAGUGUAAUCAUGAAAACCUCAGACGUGUCCAAAUCCUCGGUCAAGAGCUGCUGAUGA